GAGUGAUGUGUACACGUGGAACCAAAUAGUCAAAUUUGGGGAGCGAGUGGAUGCUCUAAGUUUUUAUUGUCGGUAGAGUUCUCUUCAUUAAGCUUUAACCAAACACAACCCCAAAGUGUUCCAUCGUCACACUCACUCCCUCACCGUCGCCGUCGCCGUCGCCGUCGCCGUCGCACGAUUAUCCCUCAUCAGUCACCACUGCCUCUCCACGUCGUAUCGCCGGACGUUUCUCCCUUCAAAAUCAAUCACCAUACCUAACAGUUACUCUGUUUUCACCUUCCCAAUCUCAAACCAAUUUCACAAGUUUAGCUUUUUUUUGUUUUUGUUCUCGGAAGACGGACGGUGAAGGCUGCGGCAGCGAUAUCGGCGUCAAUCAUCAUCAUCAUCAUCAUCAAGUUUAGCUUUCAAUGAAACGAGGGUACCGAAAAUCUCCUUCAUCUUCACUCGGUCCACCUCAAUCUAAACCUAGACAUAAUUCUGAAGGUGAUGGAAAUUUCCUGGAGGAUGAAACCACAAAGAAUUUUGCUCGGAAAGUAGCUGAUCAUUACAGUGCUAGAUCGAACCAGACUCUCGAAGAACGAGAGGCUAGUCCGAUAAUUCAUUUGAAGAAACUUAAUAAUUGGAUUAAGAGCGUCUUAAUUCAGCUUUAUGCUCGCCGAGGAGAUGCAGUACUUGACCUUGCCUGUGGCAAGGGCGGUGAUCUUAUCAAAUGGGACAAGGCCAAAAUUGGUUAUUAUGUUGGUAUUGACAUUGCUGAAGGAUCAAUCAAAGAUUGCCGUACCCGUUACAAUGGUGAUGCUGAUCAUCAUCAACGGCGUAAAAAGUUUUCAUUUCCUGCUCGCCUCUUAUGUGGAGAUUGUUACGAGGUUCGCUUGGACAAAGUUCUUGCGGAUGAUGCUCCUUUUGAUAUUUGUAGUUGUCAGUUUGCAUUGCAUUACUCCUGGUCUACAGAGGCACGUGCUCGGCGAGCAUUGGCUAAUGUGUCGGCUUUACUUCGUCCAGGAGGCAUUUUUAUUGGAACUAUGCCAGAUGCCAAUGUGAUUAUCAAGAAGCUUAGAGAAGCUGAAGGGUUGACUUUUGGUAACAGUGUCUACUGGAUUCGGUUUGACGAAGAAUAUUCUGAUAAGAAAUUCAAAGCUUCCGACCCCUUUGGAAUAAAGUACACGUUCCAUUUAGAGGAUGCUGUUGAUUGUCCUGAAUGGAUUGUACCCUUUCAUGUAUUCAAGUCAUUAGCGGAAGAGUAUGAUUUUGAGCUUGUUUUUGCAAAAAACUCGCAUGAAUUUGUCCAUGAGUAUAUGAAACGACCGGAAUAUGUGGAACUCAUGCGAAGACUCGGUGCAUUGGGGGAUGGCAACCAAGAUCAGGGUACACUAUCAGCUGAUGAAUGGGAUGCAGCAUAUAUGUACAUGUCAUUUGUAUUGAGAAAGCGAGGUCAACCUGACAAAAACCAAGCGAAUGGCAGAAAAGAUCGAGGAUUGAUGCAUAUAACAGAGGAUGACAUAACAUUUGUUAAUGGCAACAACUAUUGACAAUUAACAUGAACAAAUAAACCAGUGACUUGGUUUUCAAGAAAGCAUAGUGAACCGCAUAAGGGCAUGUAACAAUCUGCAUUGCCAUGCGCGCCUGUACCAUUCAUCUCACAUUCUUCAGUUCUAGCAAAUUUUUGUUGAAAUUUGUCAGUUGGCAAUAAAUUAUUAAAGAAACUUUUCUUCCCUAGGAUUUGUUGUACUAAACUUAGCAGUGUAAUUUACAAACUAAUACUAAAGGCAUGUCUGCUUUGAGAAGAGACUAUAUAGUUUCUAUAUUUUACUAUCAAUUAUAAAAUUGUACAGUAGUUUGUUUGCACUUUAUUUCAAACUUUUGAAAACUAUGGAGUAAAGUGAAAAAAACAAAGGGAUAUAAUUUCAUAAUUAUGAGUAAAAGUGAAAUUUUAUCCUCAAAUCGAAUAAGUCUCUAAUUUUUUUUCUCUCUUCACAGCAAGCAGUGAUGAUUAGUAAUAAACACUGACUGAAUGAUGGAUCCAUUGUCACCAGUUUUGUGUUUUAGCUGUUGUAUGUUCAAAUUAGAUUGGAUAAAACUAAUGUGACACCUUAUAUCUUUAUCUUUAUA